AGAAAAGAUUUGACAAGCCAGAAGAUUGGAGUGGAGACAGAUUCUUGAAACGCAUUGACUGGCGUGGAUUGUCAAAGGUAUUAAUUCCGUUGAAUGUUGAAAAUAAACACUGGAUAUUGUGUGAGGUGAAUUUAGAGGAGGUCGUGGUUAAAGUUUAUGAUUCCUUAAAGACUUUCCGAAGUGCGUGGUAUGCAUUUGAUUUGUGUUCGAGGCUUCCUUAUCUAUUUCAAGAGAUUCAACAUGACCUCCCACGUCCCUUACACCUUAGACCAUGGGAGGCAGUGGCUGUUCAUGGGGUUCCACAACAAGGAAUAGGGAGUGGAGUAUGCGGUGUUAUGGUUAUGGCGUUUGCUGAACAUUUGAUGCACGACCUCCCCUUAACACCCGGGUGUGAGUACGACAACUGCCGCACCAUACGAAACAACUUUGCAGUACGCCUAUGGGAUUUCAGGAAGAAAGCGUAGAAGAUUCAAGCAUGUAUGAGGGCUGUCCAUAUAUAUAUUUUUGUCCUUGUGAAUGAUGGGAAAAAACACUUAAACCAAAGUACUUAUUUUUUGU